AUAUCUGCUUAUGAGGACUCAGUUGCUGCUCAUCUUGCAAAAAUUCUCAAUUCUGAUCAGCACUCGGUUGUCAUAUCAUCUGCCAAAAUAUUAUGUGAAACUGUAAAGGACUUUGUUGCCAAAAUAGGGAAGACUUAUGAAAAAACGAUGGAAAAUGCAGAGGAAGCUGAUGCCAUGGCCAUUAAAUGCUCAGAGUUAAAUGAGAAGCUAGACUUACUGCUCCAGGCUCUUCACACAGAAGCCCAGGCUGCUCCCAUUCUCCCAGGCAUCACUCCCCCCAUUGUGGAAGAAGAGGCAGAGGAGUUUUCAAGUGAAGAAUCCUUGUCUGAAAGUAAAGAGCAAUUAGCAGACUGUGUCUCAAAGUCUUCCACCCAGAAACUCUUCAAACCAAGGGAACAGUUAAUGCUCCGGGCGAACAGCUUGAAGAAGGCUGUGAGGCAGAUCAUUGAGCAAGCAGAAAAAGUUGUCGAUGAGCAGAAUGCUCAUACUGAAGAACAAUUGAACCAGUCUCCACUGGAAUACAACAAAGAAUUGGAUGACUCCAAAGAAGAGGAAAAAGAGGAAGACACAAAGGAACUUGAGUCCCCAUCAACUAAAACUGCACCAAGGUCUCCAGAUCGACGUACGAGCCGCGGUGUCCAUUCUCAGACGGGCUCUUUCUCAGCUCCAGCUUUGGCUGCAAGCAAGGAGAACCUCCCAGUCCUUAACACUAGGAUCAUCUGCCCAGGUUUGAGGGCUGGUCUAGCUGCUUCUAUUGCAGGAAGUUCAAUUAUCAGCAAAAUGUUGCUGGCAAACAUCGAUCCAUUUGGUGCUACGCCGUUUAUUGACCCAGAUCCAGAUUCCUUGGAGGGAUAUUCAGAAAAAUGUGUCAUGAACAACUACUUUGGAAUUGGGUUAGAUGCAAAAAUUUCACUAGAAUUUAAUAACAAGCGAGAAGAGCACCCUGAAAAGUGCAGAAGUCGGACAAAAAACAUGAUGUGGUAUGGAGUUCUUGGCACAAAAGAGCUACUGCAAAGAACUUACAAGAACUUAGAACAAAAAGUUCAGCUUGAGUGUGACGGACAGUACAUCCCCCUUCCAAGUCUGCAGGGCAUAGCUGUGCUAAACAUUCCCAGCUAUGCUGGUGGGACUAAUUUCUGGGGUGGAACCAAAGAGGAUGAUAUAUUUGGGGCUCCAUCAUUCGAUGAUAAAAUCUUAGAAGUGGUGGCAGUAUUUGGCAGCAUGCAGAUGGCAGUUUCAAGAGUCAUCAAACUGCAGCACCACAGGAUAGCUCAGUGCCGGUCGGUGAAGAUCACCAUCCUGGGCGAGGAGGGGGUGCCCGUGCAGGUGGAUGGGGAGGCCUGGAUCCAGCCCCCGGGCGUCAUUAAGAUCGUGCACAAGAACCGAGCUCAGAUGCUGACGCGAGACAGGGCCUUUGAAAACACCCUGAAGUCCUGGGAAGACAAACAGAAGUUUGAUUCCUGUAAACCUGUCAUUCGGUCUCCCUUGUACCCUCAGCAAGCUGUUGAGUUGGCUACAGAAGAAGAAGUUGCACAGAUCCAGCUGUGCUCACAAGCUGCAGAAGAACUUAUUACCAGGAUCUGUGAAGCAGCAAAAAUACAUGGCCUCUUGGAGCAGGAGCUUGCUCAUGCUGUCAAUGCAUGUUCACAUGCAUUAAAUAAAGCCAACCCAAGGUUUCCUGAGAGUCUUACCAGAAACACAGCCAUGGAGAUAGCUGUCAAUGUGAAGGCCCUACAUAAUGAAACUGAGUCUCUGCUAGUAGGAAGAGUUCCUUUGCAGUUAGAAUCUCCUCAUGAAGAACUGUUGUCUGAUGCUUUGCACAGUGUGGAAAUAGAGUUGAGAAAACUUGCUGAGAUUCCUUGGCUCUAUUAUGUUUUUCAACCAAAUGAUGAUGAGGAUCCCCCUCUGGAUUAUGCUAAAAGAAACAACAGAAGUACAGUGUUCCGCAUAGUGCCAAAGUUUAAAAAAGAAAAGGUGCAGAAGCAUAAGACCAGCCCUCAGCCUGUUCAAAAAUGGGGCACAGAUGAAGUUGCUGCUUGGCUGGAUCUGCUCAGUUUGGGAGAGUACAAAGAAAUCUUCAUCAGCCAUGACAUCCGAGGCUCUGAGCUUUUACACCUGGAAAGGCGAGAUCUUAAGGAUCUUGGGAUAACGAAAGUGGGCCAUACGAAGCGAAUUCUCCAGGCAAUUAAGGAGCUCAGCAAGAACGCCCCGUUGUCUGACGUGUGA